AUGGCGCACCUCUUUCGCAACUCACGGUCAACCCUCUCGCGGCGCAUCCUUUCAGCCUCACACCCACGUUCAUCCAUAUUCCCCAACCUCUCGAGGAACCCAGCAGCAACGAUCCUGUCUUGCCAAUCACGGCCAAAAUGUAGCAAAAGCACAGCACCAGCAUCCCCCUCCUGCAAGAGCACAGCAGCUACCUCUCCCUGCAAAUCGGCCAAAGCCCCUACUCCUUCGACGCUAAGCCUCGACUUCUGGAGCUCCAGGGCGACAUGGAAACGGGCUGGCGUCAACACCCUUCGAUGCCUCGUUGGCUGUACCGCGGGUGACUUCUCUGCCAUGUGGUAUCUCCAGGCAUUCCACCCAGAACUGGGCAUGCAGGCCAUUAUGGCUAUCUCCAUGGCCAGCGGCAUUUCCACAUCAUUGCUCCUCGAGACAGUCCUCCUUCGCUAUGGAAAGGACCGUCUGCCGUGGAUCAUCGCCACCAAGACGGCGGCAGGCAUGAGCAUGAUCUCCAUGCUGACCAUGGAGCUUGCCGAGAACGCUGUCGACUACAGCAUGACCGGAGGUGUCGUGCAAUUCGACAAUCCGGCAUUCUGGACGGCUGCCCUGCUUUCUAUCGCCGCAGGGUUUCUAACACCCCUUCCAUAUAAUUACCACAGACUGCGCAAGUACGGAAAGGCAUGCCAUUGA